CGUAACGGUGGCCGGGGGGGUGCGCGGCCUCGCCCCUCGGCGGCGGCGGCGGCGCUGCCUGAGCCGUUCCCUCCUUCCUUGACAUCGCCUCGGCUUGCGGAGCUAUGGCCGCUUCCGAUGCCGGUCGGCAGACGGUAUGAAGGAAAUCUUCUGGGGACCUGCCAUUUAAAGCAACUUCAGCUGCGUUGUGUGUUGGAGUGGGCUAGAAAAUAAUCGGUGCACUAGAAUGCCAUAUAAUAAAUCAUUUGAAAGAGACAAGGGAAGAACCCUGGGCUUCUGAUGUUUGGACCAGUCUCUAAAAGUUAUCUACUGUUUCUGUCAUACUGAAUAAAUUACAUGAUAACUCAAAAUGAGGGCUAUCGAACUUUAUCCUUGUCCGGGCAUGUUGGUUUUGAUAGUUUACCUGAUCAGCUGGUUAAAAAAGCCAUCAAGCAGGGCUUCUGCUUCAACAUUCUUUGCAUUGGGGAAACUGGAAUUGGGAAAUCAACCUUGAUGAACAGUUUGUUUAAUGCCAAUUUUGAUGACCCCGUGUCAACACAUUUCCUGCCAAGUGUCCAACUUAGAGCCCAGACUUAUGAACUCCAGGAAAGUAAUGUUCUUUUGAAGCUGACCAUUGUACAUACAGUGGGAUUUGGUGACCAGAUAAAUAAAGCAGAUAGCUGUCAGCCAAUAGUGGAUUAUAUAGAUGCACAAUUUGAAGUCUAUCUCCAGGAAGAACUGAAAAUUAAACGUUCUUUAUCUAGCUGCCAUGAUACUCGCAUCCAUGUCUGCCUCUAUUUCAUUUCACCUACAGGCCAUUCCCUAAAAACCCUAGAUUUGUUAACCAUGAAAAGACUAGACAGCAAGGUGAACAUUAUACCUAUCAUAGGCAAAGCAGACAGCAUUUCUAAAACAGAACUACAGAAGUUCAAGAACAAAAUCAUGAGUGAAUUAGUUGGUAAUGAUGUCCAGAUCUACCAGUUUCCAACUGAUGAUGAAACCAUUUCUAAAACUAAUAACGUCAUGAAUGGGCAUUUGCCAUUUGCUGUAGUAGGAAGCACAGAAUUUGUGAAAAUUGGGAACAAAAUGGUGAGAGCUCGUCAGUACCCUUGGGGCACUGUAGAAGUGGAAAAUGAGAACCACUGUGACUUUGUGAAGCUCCGUGAGAUGCUUAUUUACACAAACAUGGAAGACUUAAGGGAGCAGACUCAUGCACGACAUUACGAGUUGUACAGACGCUGCAGGCUGGAAGAAAUGGGCUUCAGAGACAUUGGCCCUGAGAACAAACCAGUCAGUCUACAGGAAGCCUAUGAGGAAAAGAGACAUGAGUUCUACCUUCAGCUGCAAAGAGAAGAGGAGGAGAUGAGACAAAGGUUUGUGCAGAGAGUGAAGGAGAAGGAAGCAGUAUUGAAAGAAGCAGAGCAGCAGAUACAGACUAAAUUUGAGCAUCGUAUGCUAAUGAAUCAAGAAAUGAAACUGAAGUUAGAGAAAAAGAAAAAAGCUCUAGAAGAUGAAAUCACAGUGUUUCUUGAGAAGAAAGCCAGUGCUGAGUUACCCCAGUCACAAACAUCUGUCUCUACCCCUAUUGUUAGUUUGAAGAGAGACAAGGACCGCAAAAACUUUACGUAGUAUUGAUGAUAGAAGAAGCAAUACUGAUCAUUUCUCUUGAGGAAGCAGUGAUUCACAGCAUGAUUUUGGAGGUGCAGGUGUUGCAGUUUCUUACUCAAGGAUUUGGAAAAUAUCUCAUGUUGGUACAUGCUGCAGAAGAAGAAUUUUAAAGUAUGAUCUCUACAUGUAUGGGAAGCAAUUACUGCCAUUGCUAUAAUGGACUUUUUAUUAUGAAUCUUGCUUGAUAAGCACUUGCCUUACAUACAUCUGGCCAGCUUGCUUUCAUUUUAAGUGCAUUGUACCAAAGAAAAUAUGCCAUAAACAAUUCUAUUCAUAAUAUGAAUGCUGUAGUACAAAAGUAUUCAGUGACUAUAUCCACUAUAACCUUUCUGAAGAGUUAUUUUCAUAUAGUAUGGUAUAUUAGUGUAUUUUAAUAUUAAUUAAUACAAUUAUUGACAUAAUUCAACCAUUUACUUAUUUUCUUAACAGAUUUUGUUUAUAAGCUUUUAUGUACAAGCACUGUCCUAAAUUUCAGGUAUCAUCUUUCUAAUGAAAAAUUACUGAAAUAUUUUUGCAGUGCUGUACUGUUUCAUAAUAGUUCAUCUGACAUUACUACCUUGGUAUGGAAAGUACCUAUAAUUUUUUGAUGCUUGUGACUGUGGUGUUCAGUUACCACAUAGGCUGAACUUUGCAAAAACUGUUAACUACAAGAGCUUCAGGUUAAAACAAGUUUCAAACGUUUUUUAUAUUUUCAGUAGCCUUGAUAACUAAUGGGAAACUAUAAGAGAUGGAAUUCUCUGAAGGUGUUUUUUGCAACUCUUUGAAAAUUAAGUGCUAACUUGAUAGAAAUAAAAUGGA